UACCGGGCGCGACAUCAUCCAUGUCCUAAAUAAUAUAUAUAGUAUUAUAAAAGUUGUAACCCUAACAGAGAAAGAAACCUAAAAUCUCUCAGUAUCUCGCUAUCUCUCUUAUCUCUCCAACUCUAUUCUCUAACAGCAGGCCAUUAGUGUACAGUGUACUGUUGCACUAUCACCACUACCAGUGACCACCACUGCCAUUACCAACGGUAUGCAUAGACCCUGACUACCACCAUCAUCGACGGCAAGACCAAGCAGUCGUUGGCGUCCUCAGUCACCACCACCACCGCGAGCACCAGGCAGUCACCAUUAAAGGCAAGUCCGAUGGAUGCACCUGUUUUAGAUGUUGUAAAUGUUCCAACAAUUAGUGGUUACAGUAAUGUGGAAGACAUAGAGGGUUAUCAGCAUCUCGUAGAUGAACUUUCACUGAAGAUUGAGGAGCUUGAGCAAAGAAUGAUUGAGGUAGAGCAGUUCAACUCUAGCACAAGUAAGAAGCAACUAAAGGCAUCUAAAGGCAACUCAAAUGCAAAAGAUAAAGAUAAAGAGAAACAUAUCCCAGGUCUUAAGAAGCAGCAACAAGAGGCAUCAAAAAGGGAAGCUGCUGCUGCAAAAAGAAUGCAUGACCUCAUGCGCCAAUUCGGAACUAUUUUGAGUCAGAUCACACGACACAAAUGGGCCUGGCCCUUUAUGCAGCCUGUAGAUGUUGAAGGUCUUGGUUUGCAUGACUACUAUGAGGUUAUUGACAAGCCAAUGGAUUUCAGUACAAUAAAAAAUCAAAUGGAGGCUAACGAUGGCACUGGAUAUAAAAAUGUUCGGCAAAUCUGUGGUGAUGUAAGGUUGGUAUUCAAAAAUGCUAUGAAAUACAAUGAAGAGAGAAGUAAUGUUCAUGUUAUGGCCAAAACUUUGCUGAAAAAGUUUGAGGAGAAGUGGCUGCAAUUUCUGCCUAAGGUUAUAGAAGAGGAAAAAAGACGAGAGGAGGAGGAAGCAGAGGCACAGAUGAACAUUCAGCUUGUUUAUGAGGCAGCUCAUGCCAAAAUGGCUAGAGAUAUAAAUAAUGAGCUGCACGAGCUUGAUCUGCAUUUGGAAGAACUUCGAGAAAUGGUUGUUCGAAAGUGCAGAAAAAUUUCAGUAGAAGAUAAAAGAAAGCUCGGGGCAUCACUCACCAAAUUGUCUCCUGAAGAUCUUGGCAAGGCAUUGGAGAUUGUUGCCCAAAAUAAUCCUGGUUUCCAAGCUACUGCUGAAGAGGUGGACCUUGACAUUGAUGCUCUGGUGACUGAAUCUACUUUGUGGAGGCUAAAGUUUUUUGUAAAGGGUGCUUUAGAAGUUCAAGGCAAGAGUUCCUGCUCAGCAAGCUUGGGUGGCAACAACAACAGCACAGACAAUGCUAUCAACAACAACAACAAUGACGACGACAACAUCAACAACAACAUUAAGCGCAAAAGAGAGAUUUCCAAUGCUAUUGCCAAGGCUGUAAAGAAAAAAAGUAAGAAGCCCACUUCUUGAUUGUGCGACACAAUAAGACAGAUUUCUUUGCAAUUGGUGUCACAAAUUCAAUUGCCAUAAGUUUUGCCAAUGACACAGCAAGCAACUCUCAAAAUGGGAUUUUGGCUAAUUUUUCACUCAUGAAGUGUACAGAGCAAUGUGAUAUUUUCCACAUUCUUGGUCUCUAAUGUAAGUUGUAAUUUAGUUUUUAGAGUUGUCUUAAAUCUAGGUUAGGGGUGAGCAGAUUAUUCACUUACUAUGGAAACCGCGUAUUCCACACUACAUGAGGUGCGGGUUGGGGUUCAAUUUCUUAUACUGCCGCGGUGUGGUGCAGAUAAGCAGAAUAAAUUUUUAAUGACUGCAAUGUAUAUAUUUAAUAUUUAAUUUAUUAUUAUUAUUUUCA